AUGGGUUCUGAUCCUCAAUACGCAAAGUAUCCUCUCCUACCAAUCUCCCAACAUAUCUUCACCAUUACAAACCCAUCCGCCGCCAAAUCAGCCCAACAGACAUCAUUGAACAGUCUCCAAGAUGCAAUCACCGAACAUAAGAUGGCCCCUCUAUACAGAUAUCUGGCACACCCACAAGACGGUAUUCUGAACGAUGCCGGAGUUACCUCUUCAAGUACAACGAGCAAUGUUGUUGGUAGAAAGCCAAGUGCAGCCGGUUUGGUGGCGAGCAAGAACUCAAUACCAAAGGUCGAUUUGCCGUGGGAUGAAGCUUUAUAUCAGAAGUUGACAAAGGAGAAUGAUGAGGAGUUAGAAGGAAUCAAGAAGGAAGAGGAAGAGGCGGCGGAGAAGGCUGGAGACACUGAAGUACAAGCUGCGAGAGGGCAGCGGGCAGAAUUCUGGGCUCGAGUUGGAGACAAGGACCGAGCAAUUGCUGCAUACGAAGAAGUAUUUGAGAAGAUUGGUGUUUUGGGAACCAAGAUUGAUCUCGUCCUCGCAAUCAUUCGCAUGGCAUUAUUUUACGGCGACAAGUCAUUAGUCAAGAAGCACAUCGACCGCGCAAAGACAUUAGUAGAGAGUGGUGGAGACUGGGAUCGCCGAAACAGAUUAAAGGCAUACACCGGACUUUACCUCUUAAGCGUUCGUUCCUACAACCUCGCCGCGCCACUCCUCUUAGACAGUCUCUCUACUUUCACCAGUUACGAACUUUGCUCAUACUCAUCUCUUGUCGUAUAUUCUGUUCUCGCCGGUUCCGUCUCCCUCAAGCGUGUUGACUUCAAGUCUAAAGUCGUCGAUGCUCCAGAGAUCAAGGCCAUUCUCGGAGAUGGGGAAGAUAAACUCCUAGCAUUGUCAGGAGCCAUCUCCGCUGGACCUGGCGCCGAUGAGGUUAUGGAGGAUGUCACAUUAGCAACCCCAUCCGCUACUAAAACCGCAGUAAACCUUACCACCCUUGGUUCUGGUGCAGAUGGACCAGAAGCAGAAGCUGAACUCGAUUUCUCCCCCUUAGCUGAACUAGUUUCAAGUCUUUACACCGGUAGCUAUCGCUCAUUCUUUGGUGCUCUCGCUGCUGUUGAAGUCAGCUUCCUCACCCAAGAUCGCUACCUCUAUGAGCACCGUGGUUGGUUCGUUAGAGAGAUGCGUUUGAGAGCUUAUCAGCAAUUGCUACAAAGUUAUCGAGUUGUAGGCCUUGAGAGCAUGGCGAACGACUUUGGUGUUUCAGUCGAUUUUCUUGACCGCGAUCUAGCAAAAUUCAUUGCCGCAGACCGCAUCCCAUGUACCAUUGAUCGCGUCACCGGUAAAGGCAUCAUCGAAACCAAUAGACCCGAUGAUAAAAACAAGCAGUAUAAUGAUGUAGUCAAGCAAGGUGAUCAGCUGAUUACCAAAUUGCAGAAGUAUGGCCAAGCGAUGGGGGAAUGGGAAGUGAGAAAUGGGAGAGGAGAGGAGAGGAAAGAAAUACCAGAACUAAAAUGA